CCAAAACUCACACAUCUUAUAUAACCAAAGUUUCAGUUUCAUUCUUAUGGUACCUUUCUGGGUUUCCCACUCACUGUCAGAUGUUGGGUGGUGCCCUCUCAGCCCCAACAACUCAAGGCCUCAAGGCAACAACAACAAUUCCAAUGCCUUAUCCUACUCACAGAUUAUUGUCUACCCAUUUUUGUUUCCUUAAGAACCCAGUAUCAAAUACUAGAGGAUUUUCUUCAAAAGAGAAUUGUUUUAUCAGAGGUCACCAAAUCAACAUCAAGAAAUUUUUUGGCCUUAUAUCUGGUCGGGCUCCACGAAACAAAGCAGGAGUUGCUGUUUCCCCAUGCUGUAUGCUGCCACUGACAGAAGAGAAUGUGGAGAAGGUUUUGGAUGAGGUAAGGCCUGGCUUGAUGGCUGAUGGAGGGAAUGUGGCUUUACAUGAGAUAGAUGGCCUUGUUGUUAUCCUCAAGCUACAAGGAGCAUGUGGAUCAUGUCCUAGCUCAGCUAUGACCUUAAAAAUGGGAAUUGAAACUCGCCUCCGGGAUAAGAUUCCGGAAAUCAUUGAAGUGGAGCAGAUACUGGACACUGAGACUGGUCUUGAGUUAAAUGAAGAAAAUGUUGAAAGUGUUCUUUCUGAAAUCAGACCUUACCUUGUUGGGACUGGGGGAGGAAUAUUAGAGCUUGUUCAAAUCAAUGAUUAUGUUGUCAAAGUUCGGCUAAGUGGACCAGCAGCUGGGGUUAUGACGGUUCGUGUUGCCUUAACACAGAAGCUGAGAGACAAGAUACCUUCUAUUGCAGCUGUGCAGCUGAUAGACUGAUGUAACAUACAAGUUCUUUUAUAUUUUUGACUCAUCUGUUACAAGAUGGAAUGGAAUCAUACAACAGAAAGAACAUGUAAAAUUCUACACGCUAGUUGCUAAUGGAUAUGUUGCCCCCCAAAAC